CUUUACAUGUGACUUUUAUAUUUAAAAACAAAACGUAAAUUAUAUAGUGUGAAAAACAUUUAUGUAGAGUUUGGCUGAGAAACUCUCUACACGUGACACGUCAGCGUGCUCAUUCUCAAAUCACUGUGAGGCUGACACAUGUUUAUUAUAGUGUGAACACAUUUAUUACAAUGAUUAUUCUUUAAUAUAUAUAAGGGAUAUUUGACUUUUUAAUUUAGGUUUUAAAGGAAACAAAUCUCAGACUUUUAAAGCGCGGAUCAAAAUCUAGUAGUAGAUUAAAAUUUGAUCCUAAAUUAAUAGAUUAGAUUCCUAAUUUUUAGAAUAUUUGGGCAAUCUACUUCUAUAAAUUCCAAUUGUAGUUCACAGAAAUUUUCAAAUAUACUAAAGAGUAUAGGUCCUAAAUAUUAUAAUUAACCAUAAUAAAUGGGAAUGGCCGGUUUCACGAUAGCACUGAUGAUGAUAGGGGUGAUAAUCUCUCCUUGUGUAUAUGGAAAAGAGUUCUCCGAUCACCAGGAAAUCGAAGUAGAAAAACUUUUGAAGCUGCUCAACAAGCCUGCUCUUAAAUCCAUUAAGAGUGAAGAUGGAGAUAUAAUAGAUUGUGUCCCAAUACAUAGUCAACCAGCUUUUGAUCAUCCUCUACUUAAAAACCACACCAUCCAGAUGAGACCGAGCUUUAUACCGGAAAGUACGUCUAUGUACACCAAGACAAAUCCUACUCAGGUGUGGCACAAGAAUGGAAGAUGCCCAAAAAAUACAGUUCCGAUAAGAAGAACGAAGAAAGAAGAUAUCUUACGCUCAAAAUCCCAUGAGAGUUUUGGGAAAAAGACGACCUCAAGCGUCCCCGAAGAUAAUCUAAGUAACAACCACGAGUACGCGAUUAUGAACUCCAGGCGAGGAAAGUAUUUCGGGACAAAAUUUCUAGUGAAUGUCUGGAAGCCAGAAGUUCAAGUUCGCAGCAACGAGUUCAGCUUGGCUCAGACUUGGCUCGCGUCUGGAGAUGGCGCUAAUAUUAACACAAUUGAAGCUGGUUUGCAGGUUUAUCCACGCAUAUAUGGUGAUAAUAGAACAAGAUUAUUUGUUUUCUGGACGGCCGAUGCCUAUAAAAAUGGGUGCUACAACACCAAAUGCCCAGGUUUCGUUCAAACGAGCAGUCUUAUCACUGUAGGUGGAGCAUACAAUACCGUCUCACAAUACGACGGAGUUCAAUACGAGCUCUCUGUACUUAUAUGGAAGAGCGGCGAAAACUGGUGGCUAAGGGUUGGUGAAGAGCUUGUCGGCUACUGGCCUGGCGCGUUGUUUACUUCGCUAGGAGAUGGAGCUACGAGAGUUCUGCUGUAUUUUUUUGAAUUUUUCCAAAAAAAUGAAAAUAGUUUAGUAAAUUAUUAUGAUAUUUUUAUUUUGUAAAUACUUAUUUUGCACAAAGAUAAUCGAGUGUAUAUAUGGGAGGCGCCAAAUGAGGAUUAUACCAAAUGCAAUGUUGGUUUCUCAUGGUCUAAGAAAAAGAUGUUAGGGGAGUCUUCGGUCUUAAGAAACUGCAGGGGAGAAACUUUACUCCACCGCAGAAGGGCCUUUGGGAACAUUGGGUCCUUCCUGGACGGGAAGUUCAUCUCCAUGAUGUGGGCUAUUGAGGCCAUGCGAAGCCACCAUGUUGAUAAAGUUGAAUUUGUGACAUAGUCUGUGGAUGUGGUUGGAGCGGUUGUACGUCCAAAGGCUUGGCCAGCAUUCCGGUACCAGGGAUCGGAGUUGAGGAAAGCUUUGGCUGGUUUUAUUGAAGGGAUUGUGGCUGAUGUUUCUUCUCGGGUAAACAGGUACGUGCCCAAAAAAUUGCAAAGAGUGUAACAAUGGAGAUGAGAUGUCAGUCAUAUGUUGUCCAAGGCAUAUCCCAAUGGCUGCCGGAGUUAUUUGAAGCUGAUAAACAUAGGCGAUGAUGGGUUUGAACUGACUUUGGAAUGGUUUUGUCGGGAUGACGAAUGGGAGCUUCAUGCUAUGUUUUUUUCACUUGUUAGUAUUAGUUUUGUUUUUUUGUUCUGGAAACGAUGAAUAUUGCUGGUCGGGUGGCUCUUACUCGCCAGUUUUAAUUUAAUCAGAGUUUUUAAAAAAAUACAAAGAAACAAAUAUCAUUUAUAAGGUUUUAAUAACUUCAGUUUAAACUAUUAAAAUAGAUCCUCAUUUUAUGAGCAUUUCCACUAAAAAAUAUAUUCAAAUUGGACCCCUAAAUGCAAAAUAAAUAUGCAAAAAAUUGAACCUUGUGUAUUUCGCACCUUGGCACAUGCCGACAGACGACACUGGUUGAGUGGUUUCAUUACACAAGAUGAUAUGAUUAACUCAUUGAAUCAAUAGCUUCUUUGAUUUUACUUGGUAGUUUAGAGGUCACAUACUUUGCAUACAUAUAAAUUAUACAACAGUUUUAAAUUAUUAAUAUAUAAAAUCUAGGGCAAAUCUCCAAAAUAGUAUCUUUCUAAGUUUAUAUCA